AUGACAUCACAAGGCCUACACGAAGGUCUCAUGCACUUCCAGCUUAUGGCUGCAUUACGUUUCUUUGCUACUGGUAACUUUCAAACAGUAACUGCCGACUUACAUGGAAUAAGUAAGGCAAGCAUUUCACGAAUUGUUAGAGAUGUGUCUCAAUCAUUGGUCAAAAUAAGUCCAAGAUAUAUAAAAAUGUCCGUUGAUGAGAAUGAAAUUACAAACAGAAUGUAUGAUUUUUCCAGAAUUUGUGGCUUCCCUAGUGUUAUAGGCGCAAUAGACGGUACCCAUGUGGGAAUAAAGUCCCCAUCAUUUGAAGAACACGUCUUUGUGAAUAGAAAAAAUUACCACUCUAUAAACACUCUGGCUGUAUGUGAUGCAAAACUGAAAUUCAUUAAUAUAGUAGCAAAGUGGCCUGGAUCAUCACAUGAUUCGUUUGUAUGGAACAAUUCCACUCUUUGUCAACUUUUUGAAAACAAGAACAUCCCAAGAGGAUGGCUUUUAGGUGACAGUGGAUAUCCACUUAGAUCAUUUCUACUUACACCUGUUAUGAAUCCAACCACACCCAAGGAGAAUGCCUAUAAUACAGCACACAUAAAAACGAGAAAUGUAAUUGAAAGGUGUUUCGAAGUGUGGAAAAUGCGCUUUCGCUGCAUGGACACUUCUGGUGGUACUUUACAGUUUUCAGCCAAAAGAACCUGCAACAUCAUAGUGGCGACUGCAGUUUUGCACAACAUUUGUGUUGAAAACAGAGUCCCAGAACCACAAGGCAGGCCUGUUAUUAAUGACGGUAAUGACUGUGUAUAUCGUGGAACGCUAAAUGAUGGAAAUGACAAUAGGAGACGGUUGAUUGAAGCUAGGUUUUAG